AAUCAGCCCUUAAAUCCCAAAGCCGGACAGACAUAAAAAGCAACAUUUAACCCCCCGAUUCGAGUCAUUUCGAUCACGAGAGCGGGCAGCCUUAAAUGAAAAGACCACUUUGAUUUCAGAAAUAAAUUCCAAAGGCUGGCUUUUCAUCUGGUUUCCCUGGCCCAAAUCUUUACCCCUAAUUCCUAAAAAUAUCAGAUUGAUUUACCCCAAAAAUUGGGGGCAUGGGGUCCAGAUAGCCUAUCUUUUUACAAACCAGAACAGGUUCCUGGACCGCCCAUCCAUUGUCAAGUUCUGCCAAAAUGGCGGCCGCUUUGCAGCUGGCGUGCUUCUUCGUGGCUCUGCUUUCCACCGUCUUCCUGGGGGCAGCGACCUGGUCCGACUGCUGGAUCGUGAAUGCCGAUGAUAGCUUGGAGGUGAGCCACAAAUGCCAAGGACUCUGGCGGAAAUGCGUCACGAACCUGCAGGACGGCAUUAAGACCUGCGAUCAGUUUGAUUCCAUUUUAGCAGAACACCCCAUGAAAAUUGUGGUGACGAGAGCUUUGUUGAUCACUGCUGACCUGCUUUCGGGCUGCGCUUUGGUGCUCCUGGUGGGAGGUCUGGACUGCAUCAAAAUCUUCCAGGGGGAGCCACAGAUAAAACAGAAGAUGCAUUCGGUGGCUGGAUUGGCACUCGGGACCGGAGGUGCGCUGGGGCUGGUGGGCUCCCUCUGCUACGCCGUCAACGCCUACCUGGAGAGGGUUGCCCACGUGCCUCACAACGUCUUUCUGGAUGUCCACCAGGACUUUGGGUGGUCUUGCUGGCUGGGAUUGAUUGGCUCAGUGGGAAAUUUGGUGGCCUGCCUUAUCCUGUCGUGCUGCCUUCAUUGUUCCUAUACAGGAGCUGACCUGGGCAGGAAGACUGGAGGCGCCCCCCCAACUUUGCAGAGAUCAACUUCCAAAAUGUACGCCGUCGCUUCCCGGGUCUGAUGUACGAGUCGGCGUUCGGAGAUCCCGUCUCUCGCAUCCCAGCUUUUAGGGAGGGCAACGGGAGAUGCUUUAAAAGAGAAAAUUGUUCCAGUCUCUCUGUCUAUUCUAAGGUUGGGGGGGGGAGGAACCCGCAGCAGUUUGCCUAUAUUGAACCCUGCAGGGUAGUUCUCAAUUUACGACUGCAAUGGAGCCCAAUAUUUCUGUUGCUAAGCGAAACACAUCUCUGUAUUGGACCCGGUCUGCUGUGAAGGAUGGAAGCACCAAGCACUGAUAGCUAAAGGAGAAAUCUGUCUUAGGUUUCUGGAAUGUCAGCGGACUGAAAGAAAAAUAAAAAUGAAUUGGAAAUCUGUUGCUUAGUUUCCUAAGGAGAUUUUACUGGUUGGAAACCGGAAGAGGGGAAAGUGCAAAGGAUGAAAA